CUCUCUGGGCAGGGUCCCCUCCGCUCUGGUAUCUCGCAGCCUCGGGACGCAGCGAGAGAAGUGACAGGAGGUGAGAACGGAAAUUGCAAGAAGUCAACUUUUCAGCCGCAGCCGCUUGGUGACAGCGCAGAAGGGUGUCAGAAGUUUUCUCGCCGCGGCUGAGCCCGGUCUCCUCCUGCGAUAGAGGAAAUGGAGGGGAAAUCCACAGAAAGCGGCGCCGCCGAAGAGUCCGCGCCGCCAUCGGUCGCCAGGCUCGCUGGCUUAUUUGGUGACACCUUAAACAGUCCAAGGAAAGAGGUUCCACCACAGAAGCCCACCAGAAGGAAACCGCCAUGUUCUCUGCCUCUGCCUAAAGUCGAGGUCGUCAAUAAUGGGGAUGAGAAGUUGUCACCUCCACAGUCCCAGGUGCCUAAGGUCAAGGUGAAGAGCUCCCCCCUUAUCGAGAAACUUCAGGCUAACUUGGCCUUCGCUCCUGCGUCGCUUCUCCCAGGGACGUCCCCAAAAAGCCCCGGAUUAAAAGCCAUGGCCUCCCCAUGGAGCACGCCCCCGUCCACCCCCACCAGCCCCGGGCUCCAGCCACAUUCCAGUAGUGCAGAAGAAUCGCCGGUCAGUUUCGAACAACCACCAGAGGGCGCUCCCCUCCAAAGCUACACUAAGAUCCGCACGAGAGGCUCCAUAAAGCGGAGACCCCCCAGCCGAAAAUUCAGAAAAUCCCAAUCCGAUAUGGACUUUGACAUCGAAACGGCCAACGCCACUGCUAAAGAGAACGGAGAUAAAACGGACAACGAGGCCGACGCUGCUCAGAGCGAAAAGACUGAUGGAGACGCAUCCCCGGCGGCGGAGAAUUCACCAAAUGAGUCAGCGAACAAGACAUCGGAGAGCCAAGAAAGUGUCCAGCCGAACCCUGACAAACAGGAGGAGGCGAGCCCAGAUGAAGGGGAGAAAUCCGACAAAGAAGAGGAAAAAACGGGUGCUAGCGAGACAGAGAAACCGGAUACAGAACAGGAGACGCUGGUCAUAGAGGAGAAGAGCGAAGAUCCUGGAGAGGGGGCGGACAAGGAAGAGAGUCAUGAGCAAAACAAGUCAGACGAGGAUGAUAAACCUGAAAAGUGAACCAAAAAUAAAAAAACGAACAACAGAAAACCACAGGCCUUGACCGGCGUACUGGGAACAGCCGCCAUGUUUGCGCACAGAAGAUCCACAGAUCUGACCCCGUAUGGCGUCCCAACCUUGCAGCAUCAUGUCCGACAUCGGCGCAACCUGGAGAAAUCCUAAAGUUACAUAAGAACCGUAACAAUUUUGUCAACGUGCAGGGUAACAAGUCAACACGCUAUGUAUAUAUGUGAGAUAUAUAUAUAUAUAUUAUUGUACAGGACCCGGGGGGGUUUAUAGCUGUCAUGAAACUAUCAGUCCCAGCAGGUCCUGACAGGUGAAUGCUGGGAGGUGUAGUUUUCUAUUUUCGAGCAGUAUUAGAUUCCAUAUUGUUAUAUUUAUGGCGUUGUGGAUGUUUAUAGAUAUUUUACGUAUAAAUUAUAUAAUGUGCCUAACUGGUUAAUCAGGGCUUCCUUAUCAUAAAAAGAUGAAAAAAUUAUCUGAGUCAUGUGACCUCCAUUUCUGACCCAACAAGUGCUUUACACUCACACUCCUAUACGUCUAUACCCCUUCCUGCUGUAUCCUAUAAGAAAGCUCCGCCCUAUAAGGGGUACUCCGCCCCUAAACAUCUUAUCCCCUAUCCAAAGAUGUCUGAUGGGACCCUCGGAAUUUUGGCUGCAGCACCCCAGACAUCCGGUGCACAGAGUGAACUUCGCUUUGUGCUGGAUGUCUGGUGAU